AAACUCAUAUCUGUUAUGAGAAACAAACCCUGGCGCAUGGCCAAGAAAUUAGCUGUGCUGAGGGAGGCUCAAGCUUUUGUAGAAAAAUUUGAAGGUGCCUUGGGAAAGGGCAAAGGAAAAAAGUUAUAUGCGUAUAAAAUGAUGAUGGCAAAGAAAUGGGUCAAGUUUAAGAGAGAUUUUGACAAUUUUAAGACACAAUGUAUACCUUGGGAAAUGAAGAUAAAAGAAGUGGAAAGUCAUUUUGGUUCUUCAGUGGCCUCCUAUUUCAUAUUUUUGCGAUGGAUGUAUGGGGUAAACCUAGUCCUGUUUGGCUUAAUAUUUGGACUAGUUAUAAUUCCAGAGGUAUUAAUGGGAGCAUCAUAUGGAAGUAUUCCUAGAAAAAUUGUACCCAGAGCUGAGCAACCAAAAGCUAUGGAUUUCUCUGUUCUUUGGGAUUUUGAGGGCUAUAUUAAGUAUUCUGCUGUUUUCUAUGGCUACUACAACAACCAAAGGACAAUUGGCUGGUUGAAGUAUAGGCUACCAAUGGCAUAUUUCAUGGUUGGUGUCAUUGGUGUAUAUGGAUACAGCCUGAUGGUUGUAAUAAGAUCGAUGGCCCGGAAUGCCCAUGAAGACACAGGAGAUGGAGAUGAUGAGAACUUCAUUUUUAGCUAUAAAAUGUUCACUAGUUGGGACUACCUCAUAGGCAACCCUGAGACAGCAGACAACAAGUUUGCAUCCAUCACAACUAGCUUCAAGGAAUCAAUUGUGGAUGAGCAAGAAAGCAACAAGGAUGAAAACAUCCAUCUAAGAAGAUUUCUGAGGGUUCUAGCCAAUGUACUCAUUACAUGUUGCUUAUGUGGAAGUGGCUACCUCAUUUAUUUUGUUGUUAAACGGUCCCAGGCCUUUUCCAAAAUGCAAAACAUUGGCUGGUAUGAAAGAAAUGAGGUUGAAAUUGUUAUGUCCUUGCUUGGAAUGUUUUGCCCACCACUGUUUGAAACCAUUGCGGCCUUGGAGAAUUACCAUCCUCGCAUCGGAUUGAAAUGGCAGCUGGGACGCAUAUUUGCACUCUUCCUUGGGAACCUCUAUACUUUCUUAUUGGCCUUAAUGGAUGAUGUCAAGGAGAAGCUGGCUGAAGAAGGCGUGAUCAGGAAUGCCACGCAGUGGACCAUCCAAAUAUAUCAUAAUUCAUCUGCAGGGAACAACAGUGCUGUUGCUCCACCUCCUAUGGAUCCAGCAGAUAUGCCUCGAGGACCUUGCUGGGAAACCACUGUGGGGAUAGAAUUUGUGAGGCUCACUGUAUCUGAUAUACUUGUGACAUUCGUAACGAUACUAGUGGGAGAUUUCCUCCGUGCUUGCUUUGUCAGAUUUGUAAACUAUUGCUGGUGCUGGGAUCUAGAGGCUGGAUUUCCUUCGUAUGCAGAGUUUGACAUUAGUGGUAAUGUGCUGGGGUUGGUCUUCAACCAAGGAAUGAUCUGGAUGGGCUCCUUCUAUGCACCAGGACUUGUAGGUAUAAACGUGCUACGUUUAUUAACCUCCAUGUAUUACCAGAGCUGGGCUGUUAUGAGCAGCAACGUUCCCCAUGAACGAGUGUUCAAGGCCUCCAAAUCCAACAAUUUUUACAUGGGACUCCUGCUGUUGAUCCUGUUCCUAAGUGUGUUGCCAGUCGCCUACACCAUCAUGUCCCUGCCUCCCUCCUUCGACUGUGGACCAUUCAGUGGAAAGAAGAAAAUGUAUGACGUCAUCCAAGAGACCAUCACCUCUGAUUUCCCUCCCCUCGUAGCCAGGAUCUUGGGUUAUCUGGCAAAUCCAGGACUGAUUAUGACUGCAAUGCUACUUAUGGUUCUUGCCAUAUAUUACCUGAAUGCUGUGGCUGAAGCAUAUCAACAUGCCAAUGCAGAGCUGAAGAAGAAAAUGCAAAUGCAACGUGAAGAUGAGAAGAACAAGAAGAAUAACAAAGCUUCCACCAAUCCUGCAAUGCAAGAUCUGGAAGACUUGCUUGUUCCACGUGCAAAGACCAUAGAGGAGUCCAAGCCAAUAGAAGGUAAGAAUAGUCCGUUUCAGUUGCUGCAGGUCAAUAUAUUGCUUUUAAUGAACCAUGGCAAGGUAAUUUGGAAGCUAUGCUGCAUUAAUAGAAGUAUCAUUAGUAUUCCAAAUCACGCACAGUACUCUAUUCAGCACUGGUUAGGCCUCAUCUCGAAUAUUGCAUCCAGUUCUGGGCUCCACACUUCAAGAAGGAUGCAGACAAGCUGGAGCGUGUUCAGAGGAGGGCAACCAGGAUGAUCAGAGGUCUGGAAACAAAGCCCUAUGAGGAGAAACUGAAAGAACUGAGCAUGUUUAGUCUGGAGAAGAGAAGAUUGAGGGGCAACAUGAUAGCAC